AUAAAACCUAGCAAUGGACUCUUCUAAAGCAGCCAAAAAACUAACCGUUCUUUGUCUCCACGGGUUCUUUAACAACACAAAUGUGGUCAACCACCAGUUGAGGCAUUAUAGACAGUUGUUUGGGAAAUAUGUGAGGUUUGUUCCGAUAAAUGCGCCUUUUGAGUGUGAGAAUGUGUUUGAUCAGGCCAUUGCAAGGAUGUUCAAGGCGCCUUUUUAUAGCUGGUAUUUUUAUGACCCUAGUACUUGAGAGUGUAGGGGUAUUGAAGAAUCUGUUGAGUAUGUGGUUGAUUAUAUUAACAAUCAUGGACCUUUUGACGGCGUGUUGGGGUUUAGUCAAGGAACAAUGAUGGCCAGGAUUCUUCUCAAAAUGAAUGAAUUUAAAAGUACCUUCCCUAAAUUGGAAGUCGAUCCGCCUAAAUUUGGAGUCAUUUUCUCUGGAAUGUUUACUGAAAGAGCAAGAUACUUCCCACAGUAUGAUGAAGAUUGCUUAAAAGUAUUAACAGAAUUCCAGCAGCCGAUGUUGUAUGUAUACGGAGAUAAAGAUCCUUUGAAACAAAACAUUGAAGGAGCUUUAGUUAAGGAAGGAGACUACACCAUUAUUAAACAUGAUUACGCACAUAAUAUUCCAAAGCUGAAAUAUGACGAUUUGGAAGAAUUUACAAGGUUUUUUGAUAGGAUGUAUUACAACAUCAAUGGAGAAAAUAUGGAGCUUGAUUUUAGUGAUUUUGAUAUAUAA